UCGGCGCGAGUGUCCACUCGUUGGCGAAACGCCGUCCGAAAUGUCGAGCGAAACGAACACCACUUCUGGCGCCGUCGCUGUCAACAGGAGAUCCAGCCCUCAGUCUUGGAGACCAUCAGUUCGUACAAUGUUCUCACCAUCGAUGACAUGGAUUCAGACAAGUGUCGCGACAUUUACGUCAAGUGGUAUCGCUAUCAACGGCUCAAACACGUGGACAACACGUGUCUCGAAAGUUACCACACUUUCGGCACUAAAGCCCUAUUCGUCGACAAUAUCACUACAAUUGCUGUCACCGGCACUCUUGUGAUCACUGGUCACCGAUCGGGUGAAGUGAAAGUGACUGACGCUCACAACAAUAUGGCUCCUCUUGUAGUGACCCGACAUAAAGAUCGAGUCAAUGACAUAGCGGUCGUCAAUCUGGCCGGAGAUGAGAUCUACGAAUAUCACAAAAUCAGAUCCGAUGAUUCGGAUCCGUAUCCCACAGAUUAUCCAUCGUUCGCAAACCAUCACCACAUGAUUACAAUCAGCGCCAGUAAUGGCAUUGAGAUCUCACUCAUAGCGGGCCGAGGCGUCGGUCAGUCGUUUAGCAUUUGUCCGCUAUUAGAGCGCCGUUUCAUGAAAGUCCGCGUCUCCAGAGAUCUGUUGGCCAUCUCUGACCAGCACUCACUCGAUAUCACACUCUUUCGUCUGUCUCUCAAUACAAAAGGUGUCGUUCCCGUCGGCACAGAGGCUCUCAAAGCCAACUUCAUUACACACGUGUCGUGUGAACAACAUUUUGCCGAUUCUAACCAUUGGUUGGGAGUCUUUACGUUCAACAAUUAUCAGUUGAAAAGCUUUAGUCACGAAGACACGAAGAUUCUUUGUGGUGAUAUUGAGACAAAUAAUGAGCUCAUCUCUAGUAAAAGCGAUCGUAAAUGGAAGUGGUCUUCAGUGAACGAACUCCACUAUCAAUACGUUCACAAUCGCACCAAUGGAACCGAUUAUGGAUUGGUUUCCGUUAAGAGUGUCUUCUCUUUUGGUGACGGAAUCUUUUUCAUAAUAACGAACCACAAUCAGAUUCUGUUCACGAAUGACUCGAAGACAUUCAUAAUAUGUCCGUUUGAUCACUAUCUCAAAACCGGCGACAAUAUCACAUCUAUAGCGCUGUUCGGCGCAGUGGUUGUCUGCGGUUCCAAAGAUGGCUACCUCUUUGCGCACAGCUGUCCCACACUUAAGCGCAUUCAUUAUCUAACACAUCACGAGCCGUUGCUCGAGACCCGUAUCACUGGCGACCGAAUAAUCAGCGUUUCGAUCACUGAUAACGGGGUGUCUCUGAUGAUAGCCGCGGCCACUCUCACCAAACUCUAUGUGGUGAACUGCACGCCCACAAUGGCCAGUCGGGCCAACUCUAGCGCUCGUUCCGAUAGUGUUAUGAUUGAAAACCCAAGUCCUUGUAGUUCCGAAACUCUGGCAUUGAAGUCGUUGAAAAUUGAAGAC